UCGCGGCGGUCUCGUCAUCAACGAUUCCGAAUACAAACUCCCACAGCUUGAGCAGAAACCCUAGCCCUAGAUCCCCCACCAUGGAUCUGCUCCAGUCCUCUUACGCGCCGGACGGCGCCUCGUCUCCGGAGGACUCGGCGGCCGCGUCCUCGCCGGAUUCCUCGCCGCUCCGCCUUCCGUCCAAGUCGGCGGCCCCCGCCGUCGACGACACGGCGCUCGCGCUCUCCUCCGCUGCGUCCGCCGCCCGCCCGCUCGACCCUUCGCUCCACCUCGUCGCCUUCAACCCCACCGCCGACCAGCUCUGGGCUCCCAUCCUCGGGCCCCAGCACCCCCACGCCCCAAUCUCCUCCGCCUCCGGCAACCGCAACCACAAGCUUGGCCACGUUGAGGACGCCGCGGUCCUGCCAUUCCUAUUCGACGAGCAGUACAACACCUUCCACCGGUUCGGCUACGCCGCCGACCCCUCUGGUCUCCACAUCGUCGGCGACGCCCAGACCCAGGCGCCCGAGCCCGACACAGUCUACAACCUCGCCCCCUCCGAGCACAAGCGCCGCCGCCUCCUGGCCAAGGCGGACAACCAGGAGGAGCCCGCACCCCCGGAGGCUAAGAACCCCGCCUCCGAGGAAUGGAUCCUUCACAACAAGCAGAGUCCCUGGGCUGGGAAGAAGGAAGCGCCUCCUGCGGAGCUCACCGACGAGCAGAAGCAGUAUGCGGAGGCACACGCUGCGAAGAAGGCCGAGAAGGAGGCCCGCGGCGAAGGGAAGAGCGAGAGGACAGAGGUUGUGGUCAAGACCACCUUCCACGGGAAGGAGGAGAAGGAUUACCAGGGACGCUCCUGGAUCACGCCGCCCAAGGAUGCCAAGGCUACCAACGACCACUGCUACAUCCCCAAGAGGUGUGUGCACGAGUGGGUCGGCCACACCAAGGGGGUCUCAGCCAUCAGGUUUUUCCCGAAGUAUGGACAUUUGCUGCUGUCUGCGAGUAUGGAUUGCAAGAUUAAGAUCUGGGAUGUUCUUGGGUCAAGGACAUGUAUGCGUACUUAUAUGGGGCACUCAAAGGCGGUAAGGGAUAUAUCAUUCUCCAAUGAUGGGAGUAAAUUCUUGAGUGCUGGGUAUGACAGGAAUAUACAGUACUGGGAUACUGAAACAGGGCAGGUGAUCUCGACCUUCUCAACUGGGAAGGUCCCAUAUGUUGUGAAGCUCAAUCCUGAUGAGGAUAAGCAGCAUAUUCUCCUUGCUGGAAUGAGCGAUAAGAAGAUUGUGCAAUGGGAUAUGAAGUCAGGGCAGAUUACACAAGAGUAUGAUCAGCAUUUAGGGGCUGUGAACACCAUAACUUUUGUGGAUAACAACAGGAGAUUUGUGACCUCGAGUGAUGACAAGUCUCUUCGCGUGUGGGAGUUUGGCAUCCCUGUGGUGAUUAAGUAUAUCAGUGAGCCACACAUGCACUCAAUGCCAUCAAUUGCAUUGCAUCCCAACUCCAAUUGGCUGGCAGCGCAGAGUUUGGACAAUCAGAUACUGAUAUACAGCACCAAGGAGAGGUUUCAGCUUAAUAAGAAGAAGAGAUUUGCUGGCCAUAUUGUGGCAGGUUAUGCUUGUCAGGUGAACUUCUCACCUGAUGGGAGGUUUGUGAUGUCUGGUGAUGGUGAGGGUAGCUGCUGGUUCUGGGACUGGAAAAGCUGCAGGAGAUUUAAGACUUUAAAGUGCCACAACGGAGUUUGCAUUGGAUGUGAGUGGCAUCCAUUGGAAACUAGCAAGGUUGCAACCUGUGGAUGGGAUGGUGUAAUUAAAUACUGGGACUGAAGUUUGGCAGAGAGAUUGCAUGAGCUCAUGGUAAAGGUUUUGUAACAAUCCAAUUCACAAGGGCCGAAUGUCGUGAGAUACUGUAAGUCAACAUGCUCGACGAGAGAAUCCCAGUUUGAUGCAGGAGAAAAAUGUUGUGUUUUUGAGGUUACAUAUAUGGCCCUGCUAAAUGUUGAAAUGUACAAUACUCGCACCAGAUUCAAAUUUUGAGUUGUAUCUUUGGCACUAGCAACUUGUUUGCUGUUUCUGGUAAUCCUGUUGCUUCCAACUUUUGUAGCAUCCGAGGAAGUGUGUUGUGCUCCAUUUUAUUAUAAAUUAGAUAGCGGUCUUUUUAAUAGCUACAGCCAAGUGAACGGAAUAAGGCCUUGUUUAGAUGUGAA